ACUCUCUCUCCCAUCUGAAGACUUAACACAGCGCAGAGUGGAGCUGGCGGUCUCAGUUGUGCCCUGGAUUGUAGGAGAGACACAGAGAGAGACAGAGAGCGAGGAGAGAGAGAGAGAGAGAUAGAGAGAGAGAGACCUCCACCAUGGAUGUCAAGCUGCUGGCACUGAUGGCGGCUCUGCUGGCUGUGGCCACACAUGUACCAACGUCUAACGCGAAGCCCAUCAGCCUGGUUGAGCGCUGCUGGUGCCGCUCCACCCUCAACACCGUCCCUCAGCGCUCCAUCAAGGAGCUCAAGUUCCUCCACACACCCAACUGCCCCUUCCAAGUCAUCGCAAAACUGAAGAACAACCGGGAGGUCUGCAUCAACCCAGAGACCAAGUGGCUUCAGCAGUACUUAAAGAACGCCAUCAACAAGGUGAAGAAGUCCAGGAGGCGCAACAAGAAAAACUAAGUGAAGAAGACGAGUGUGUCGUCACACCUGGAGACCCACGGUGGAGCCUGUAUACCUCCCUGUCACUGCUAUGGAUGUAUGAAAACACGCUGUAUGUACCCGUCCACCGCUUUGGACCUCCUGCAGAAACAGCACUUCACCGCCAAACUGCACCGUACACAGCACGCCACCCAAAACCCCCGGACCUCCACGAUUAUUCCACGAAAGACGGGACUCAUUCAUCACAGAUAUGUGUGUGUGUGUGUGUGUGCGUGUGUGUUUGAAUGUGAUUCACAUGAAGCAAGUCUGUGAAUAGCAUUUUCAGACUUCAUACACGGCUUUGUGGGUAAUGCUAGCUUCACUCCCCGUCAAAUUAACUGUAAAAACGAGCUGCUCGAACAUCCACACAGGCCCCUGAGGAGGAAGCUUUUGGCUGGUUUUGUUUAAAUCACCUAAAUGUGGUUUUUCAAACUGAAGACGUGUUUCAUUCACAGACGUAAAAAAAACCAGAGGGGAGUUCACCCAAACCUAAAACGACCAACCAUACAUUUAUCUUCACUUUCACAGCAUAAAAAAUACUUUGCUUUCACAUUUUAAUGAGAAAAAAUUCUUCUGAUGUGACUUUGGCAUUGCACCAAGAAUGACAGGUCAAUGGUCAAAAAAAGAGGGGUCAGAAGCAACGACCAAUCAGGGCAGGCGAUGCUUGAACACACACACACACACUGCGUAGAACCAAGCACUGAUUUCAUGGUGCUAUAUUCAGUAAGAGAAGUCAGAGCCAUCGACUUUGUUCUAUUUCACUGUUUAUUUUUAUGCAAUUUAAGAUGAGAUAUAAAGAACUCUAAGUCUUAAAUUAAACACAGUUAUUCCUUUAUAUGUCACUAAAUAUUUAAAGCGCUGUCGACAAGAUCUGAUGUGGAAAAUGAAAUGGAAAGCUGAUAUUACGCUCAGGCCACGCUGACAGGGAAGUUAAUAAAACACUUAAAAAGCAGCUUUUUAUGAACUCAACACGUCAGGUAACAGAGACCAAAUAUUUAUACAGGAACACAUUCAACAUGUAAAACUUUAAAGAGAGUUACUUUCAUUCACUGAUAGAGACAUGUAGAAAAACAUCCAUUCACUUUUACACGUUUGUUAAUAACACUGCAGGAUUCUCAGACUGACAGCGUCCUCGGGAGGAAUGAAAAGUACGACGUCGUCACGUUAAACAGCUCAACGAUCGAUCUCACAAAGGGAACACUAGCGGUGGCUAAAGAAGGUUUUUGAUUAUUCUUUUUUAUAUAUAUUUGAGCCACUUUAUUAUCAGAUGUGUCUUUAAAUUUAAUGGUUUUAUUUUUAUAUUGUGUAUAAUCUUACUAAGUGCUUUUUUUAAUGCAAUGUACAGUAGGCAGAAGCUACUAAAUGAAGGUUAUAGUCCAUAACAUGCAAGAAACAGUCAAUGCUUUCAGGAAUUUUGCAAAUACUGUAAAGGUUUAUUCAUUUUUUUAAGCAGUUAAUUUUUUACAAAGUGGAUAAAAAAAUCUGGUAACACUUUCCAAAAAAGGGGACACAUUUUAUAAUUUAUGGAUACUUCAGUUUUACUAAAUCAUGAUUAUUUAAUGUAGCACGUAUCACCAUCAACUAAUGAUGAAGUUCACCUUUGAUAUUUCUCAGCCUUGGGGUCCCAACCCAAAGGGGAUGGUGUGAUCAUAUCCGGGGGUCGCCAGAUGGUUGUAGUUUUAAAAAAGGAGACAUAUUGAAAUGAAUUAUUUUAGUCUGGGUAAUAGUUCCUGACAUCAUUUGUUUUAGUGCUAUUCCAGCUGGCAGCAUGCUCACUGCAAAAUGUCUGCAGGUGAUGCCGUUGCGAAACAGCUAUGUUAUCAUUGUUAGGCCACUGAGUUAAGCAAUCUUAAUUCACAGAAACUUCAUAUUCUAGUCAGUAUGGACCACAUAGCAGGAUAUAGACUUUUAUUUUAUGACUAUGCAUUUUUAAAACAUCUCUGAUUAAAAAAUAUAAAACGAUAAUAAAGCAAUGAAUAUCCACAUUUUUUUAACAUAUUAACUACAGAAGAGCAUUAGGAUCGCUGACAAAAAAAAAAAAAAAAAAAACUAAGGUUACAUUUUUUUUAAAUUAUUAUUAUGAGAAAAAAAAUCUGAAUUCUGAGAUGAAGGUCAGAAUUCUGAGAAAAAAUGCAGAAUUCUGACUUUUUUUCUCAAAACAAUAAAAAAAAAAAACAUAUGGACCUUAGUUUUUAUUUUAUUUUUUCAGUUGCGCUCAUCCUCCGCCGUAUAUUAACAGUCUUGCAGGGCAUAAGCUAUUUUUUAGGAGUGAAGUAGUCUAAAUCUAACAAUGCUGAUUAUUCUAGUUGUUAAUGUUUAAGCAUAAUGGAGAUUAUAUUGGUUCAAUUAAAGUGAAAUUAAAGAGAAAUCCAACAUGAAUUCAUGCAUUAAAUAAAUCAUGACUUUGCAUUAAUGAAGUAUAAAAUUUGUGUUACCGGGAAGUGUUACCAUAAACUCAGCCGAACAAGUCGUAUAUUGUCCCCCUGGUUUGUUUUCCUCUCUGCUGUUUCCGGAGUAACACUCGCUCUGACAUGUAACAAAGGUGACCUGAAUAAAGUCUGUGAAAUCCAUCACACACUGACUGAAAACAGAAAAGCUGCUGUCAUUGUGUUCAACCCGCAAGUCGUCCCUUACAAACCCUUGAUUUGAUUUUUGAACACUUCUCCUGAAGUUGAUGUAUGAUGUGUCAAAGGGAGCGCUGAGCCAAAACAGAACCAAACCUUUAGAGCGGAGAUCCAAGAGAGACCAACAUGUGCUUUCAAUCAGGACACUCCCAGCACCCCCCGGGCUUUCUGUUCACUUUCACUCACCCGCUGCCACGCCGCAAAAUUACAACUUGUUUUUCUCCUGAAGCUGCGCUGGACGUCCCGGUGCUCGUGGUCACUGCUGGAGCGGCCUGUAGUUUGAAGUGGUCUGUGUGCUGAGUGCCUGAUUACAGGUGAUAAUCAGAUCAGUUAGCAGCUACUGGCGCAAUGAUCCUGUUAGUUUCAUCUAUUACCCAGGAAUAUAAUGGAGGUAAAUAGACAUUAAUUUAAAGUAUAACACUCGUUUGAUUAAGCACAUUACUAAAUUAGCUUAAAUGCUACAUCAUUAAUGUCUUAAGAGUUAUCUCAACAACAGGGAAAAGAUACAAGAAAACUCUGCUACCAGUUGUUCUGUCAUUACUAAUAUUUUAAUGGAAGAAAUAAAAGUGUUAUAACUUAACGUUGAGUUUCUUUUUGUAUCAUUCGGACCAAAUACACAUGGAGGUGUUAUAAGAUUUGAUUUAAAGUGAGUGCGUGUCGUGUACUCUGCUUUGGACCCCGAGAGAAUGUGAAAUAUCUUUAGAGGCAGCUUCUUCAUAUAACUGAGAUGUAUUGCUCUCUCAUUGUCACUGUUUGUAAACAGGAAGUAUUUUCAGCCAUGAUACUCCAGACAUUUUUCAAUAAAGUCAUAUUAAAUUAAA